CAGCAUCGGCAGCAGCAGGGCAGGGAAGCAGCUGUCUCCCUGAUUCGAAUACCAGAGCCACCGGUCUGCUGGAUCAGCAUCCUUGGCUAAAACCACAGGAGGGUCAGGCUGUAAAGCCGAAGAGUCUGUUCUGGAGAUCUCUAAUCAUCCUGAAGCAAUCCCUGGAGAGACAAAAACAGCAAAAACUGCAACAAAUCCCAACAUUGACUGGAAGGCUGCCAUUCCUCAUACAGGGACCUGAAGUAGAGGAACAGGGAGAGGAGUGGUACAGGGUGGUUUUCAACGGCUCCCUCUCUCUUUCUACAUCUCCUUUACUGUCUUUUUCUGAGAGGAUCCUUAUCGUCUCUCUCUCUUCUUCUCUUUUUCUCAGUACGCGAAUGUAGUUGGCGGAUAAGGGACAGGUUACCUAGCUCUCUGCUGCAUUAACAGGCAGUGCACAGACACGGCGGGGCAGAGAGUGGACAGCUUGGAGAACCUGAGCUAUGGUAGGAGAGGAAGGGGACAACGCAUCGCAAAUGACAGAAACACCCUUAUUCUGCCACCAUUCACCCAUCCUUUUCUCUCUCUCUCUCUAAGCUCCAAGGUUGUUUUUUCUCCUCGUUGUCAUCAAUGGAUUCUGUCUUUUUUUCCCACUGGAGAAUAGCAAACAACUCAGUGCUGGGAGUUGGCUUGGUUUUGCUCCAAAACUGAAGAAAAAAAGCAUAAAAAGAGAAUACCUUUGCGGAUGUUGUAGAGAGCGGGUGGUCUGAAGAGGGAGCAACAGCGCACCCAGGGCAAAUCUCUUUUCUCUCUGACGGGAGGGACAGCUUUCUGUAUCUGGGGCUGAGAAGCUGACUCAGCUACGGUGAGAUAGCUGCAGAAACUCAAGGAUCCUGUCUGCCUUGCCUACUUACUGUAGGUGAGGGAUUCAGAACAGCCCCUGUAAGUUUUUCUCAUCAGCAUCAAUAACUCAAACGCCCCAUCUUGGAAUAUUGACCGAGGGAAUGAGAAAGGGUGUGAAAUAAAGAGGGCUAUUCUAUUCUCCUCUUAUCUAUUUUGUCUGGAUCGUCCUCAGAGUUGGAAAUCUUGGUCGCUUUUGGGCAGGAUUUCAGUUGGACUAAAGAUCAUUCCAAGUUCCAACGCAUCUACAUUGGCUUUUUCCACCUCUGUUGGGCAUCUCUGAGUGUGUCUGAGUGUGUUUGUUUGUACGUAUCUGUAUGUGUGUGUUAUUGUGUGUGUGUGUAUGCGUUUGUGAGCAUCUUGUUGCGUGUGUUUCCUUCUUGAUGUCCAGCAUUGUCGGUUGCCAUUCUGCCUCGUGCUGCCCAUGCCCGUCACGCGCCUGGCCCCAAGGUUAACCCUUGCUAAGCCGCGUGCAGGAUGAGCGAGAGCUCCGGUGCAGUCACAUCCGGGGCGGUGAUCCUGGAGGAGUGUCCAGAGGGGAGUGGGGAGCGAGAGCAGGUCCAAGCCCAAGAACCAGGGCGCCUGCGCUGUGGAGGCUGCACCCUGUGGCCCCGCCAGCAGACAUGGCUAUGUGUUGUCCCUCUACUCAUAGGCUUCAUUGGCUUGGGACUAAGCCUGAUGCUGCUCAAAUGGAUUGUGGUGGGCUCUGUUAGGGAUUACGUGCCCACAGACCUGGUGGACGCCAAGGGUAUAGGACAGGACCCCAUGUUUCCCCCCCAUCUCUCCAAGCCCAGCGCCUUGCCUAAGAACUCAGACACCACCAGUACUACCAUCACGGCAACCAUUACUACCGUGGCCAACCCCACCACAACCACCAUCACGGCAGUAAGGGGCAGAACUCGAACUGUAGUCUCCAACCACCCUGGUGGCACCACUACUACAGCCAGGGUGGGUAGUGCAUCAGGCAGCCAGGUUACACCUCGCAGCACCACACAGCGCCAAGGCAACUCUGGGGGCGGAGGACCACAAGGCCCCCUUAUUACUACAACCACCGCUGCACCAGUCGCCGCCUCCACUUUUACCACCUCCAUUCCUAAACCUUCUAACCCCACUGUGCUGCACGACUCCACACAAAUGUGGACCCAUGAACACACGACGGAGAGGCCUGCCUCCACUCCCACAUGGACCCAUGUGAACCGAAAAACACCAUCACCCACCAUUCCUCCAUUGGUCUCAGAGCAUUUCAAGCAAUGUCACGAGAAGGACCUGGCCUACUGCUUGAACGAUGGAGAAUGCUUCGUCAUCGAGACGCUGAGUGGCCCACACAAACACUGCAGGUGUAGAGAAGGCUACCAGGGUAUACGCUGUGACCAGUUCCUGCCCAAGACCGACUCCAUCUUAUCUGAUCCAACAGAUCACUUGGGCAUUGAGUUUAUGGAGAGCAAGGAGGUGUACAAGAGACAGGUGCUGUCAAUCACCUGCAUCGCCGUGGGGAUAAGUGUUCUGGGCACGCUCUGUAUGGCUCUCUACUGUCGGAACAAGAGACGCAGGGAAAAACUCCAGGCCCACUUGAAAGAGAGCCGCAGCCUGAAGAACUACAGCGCCAAUGCCUCUGCCCUGGAGUCCAAACUCGGCCUGAGGCCUAACACGGGCCUGCAGCUGCAGAAUUAUUGUAAGAGGUCCUCCCAGCCACAUGAGGGAGCUGUCUGGGAGUCCAGAUUUGCCCAGUGCAAUGCCACCCCUACCAACAACUCCAGAGGUCCAGGCAGAGAAAAAAAUUACAGAAGCGGCUCCCUGUCUCACAGUCCAGACCAGAGAAGUAGAGCCACCCAUUGGUCAGUACCGCGUAGAACUCUGCCUAUACCCAGGGGAAGACUAAAUCCAAAUGGAGGAUCCAAACAUUCUGGCCCCGCCUACCAACACCUCCAGGAGUUGGAGUCGUCUGAGAGAGAGAUUGAGUCAUUGAGAGGGUGUCAGAUUGUGAGGGCCGGGAGCGACCCGCGACAGGAUGCCUUUCUAAAUAUGCAACCCCCCAUGUCAGUGGAGAUGUCGUGGGAGAGCAGGGUGGAGGUGCGCUGCUGUCCUCUGGACCAGGGCCUGGACCAUGACAUCUCUACUUCCACCUGGAGCCUCAGGCGUCCCAGAUGUCCAAGCCGCUCUUCCCCUCCUCCUUUCCGGACCUGCUCCAUCCCUAUCAUCCCCUCUGUCCAGGGCCACAAGGACGAGGUCUCCUGUUUGCAAACAGCUACUGGCUCAGCCACCUGCAGCACCAUGCCCAGUAAGGAAGUAGGAGGGCACUCCCUCAUCAUGCUGCACCCCACCUCCACCUCCUGCUCCUCCUCUAUUGGGGGCCAGCAGCAGGACGAGGUGGCCCUUCUCCUAGAGGAGGCCCAGGAGCAUCUCAGGGCUCUUGCCCACAGGAAGCAGGAAGACAGCGUCGGCGCCACCCCUCAACUGCCCAGAGAGACUGUGUGCUUCCUGACACUCAAUGGUGGAGGAGCAGGGGGUUUGAGCCCUAAUGGACCCACUGAGACCCAGUUAAUGAGCCCUAGAGAACCUCACAGAGAGUCAGGCCAGCCCUGCCAAUGAGACAACGAGGUCUGGGCCCUAGCUUUCUGUCUGGAUCUACAGUAAAACAACUGUAGUCUCUUGAAGUCAAGACUGUAGAGAGCUCUGCAUCAAAGGGAUGAGAUUAAACUGAAUAGAGAAAAAUAAGAUCAUGGAAUAAACAAUGUGCAUACUGUAUGGAAGAAUGAACAGAGGGAUGGUCUAUGGAGUGAUGAAGAGAGAUAUUAUGUAUAUGCAUUUAUUUAAAUGAGAAGCUUCUUAGACAAAAGAAACCAAAUAGUCUGUCAUCUCCAUGGUGUUUUUAAUUGUAAAAAAAUAUAUAUAUAAAUAUAUAUGGAUAUAAAUAUAUGGAAUCAAAAAGGUGACCAAGUUCAGUUGAGGAAUACAGGAAUGAUGUACCGUCUUUCUUUUUUUGUAACAACUCCACAUUUUUCAGGCUUGGAGCACGUUUGUGUGGACCCCAUGCACCCUUACCCCUUCUGUUUUGCUACCUGGUGUGAACCGACGAUGCAGUUAAAACAUGGCUGCCACAGCAACAGUAUCUACUGUAAAACAACCUCUCAACUACCAUUGUGAGUCUACCCAGCCAAGGAUUAUAACAGUCCCCCUUGCCUUGGAUAUACCACAGCAGUAUAUUGAAGAACAAUUACAGAAUGAUAUAGAGAGACUUUUGCCGAUAAACUACCCCAGGUUGACCCUGUCACUGGCUUGGGACAGCAGGUUGAUAAGACAGGCGUGAUGCUAACACGGUUGGCUAGUUUGGUGUCUUAUUCCUUUUUUGUACGUGAGUGGAAUUCCUCCUCUGCUGACCAAGUCGUUUAGCAUGGGUGUAUUUUUCCCCUCUGUCUAACCCCACACAACUCUGAGUACACACACACACACACAUUCCCUCAGCACACAACGACGUGUACAGGUGUGUUGGGGGUACACAGCAGGGAUGGAGGGACCAAGGAUAAUAGGCCGGCGCGAGUGGAGGAGUUUCCGUUUUUUGGUUUCAGUUUGUUCGUGAUGAACAAUCAGCUGCUUUCUGGGGAAGGGGAGGGGGGAGACGGUAGAGGGGGGUUGAAGAAAAAUGUGUUUGUGGUACCUGUGAAGUGGGGACUUCAAUUUCUGUUUUGAAUUUCGAACCAAAUGUUGGGGGAAAAAAGCAUAAUGGAGAUUUUGCAGAUUUUUUUUAUUUUCUAUUUCAUUUUCAAUGGUUCAGCCCCC